AUGAUUGGUGAAUUAAAGUCUAUCCAGAUAAAAAAUGAUAUUUUAUUAAGAGUCUUUUGUUAGUACAAAGUUUUUGAUAUUAAUUAUAUUUCUGGUGAGGUUGAAUUACUUUUAAACAAUUUAGAUGGUAAUUAUUAAUAUAUAGGUUCUUUUUAUUAUAUUAGGACAGAUUAUCUUUUAAUUAUUGAUUAAAGUAAUUAAAAAGAGAUAUCUAUAUCUUAAGAUGUAAUAUUCAUUAAUCCAAAAUGUGAAAAAGUACUUUCAGUUAAUUUUAUAAACGAAAACAUUAUUAUUUAUUGUAAUGACUACUUGUAUAUUUAUAAUAAUGAAUUAAUCUCAUUAAAAUAUGAGUUGAAUAACACAUAAAUUUUAUAUCUAGGAUAUUUGCCAUUUAUAAUAGGUUUUAACAAAUAAGGAGUUUUAGAAUUCCUCAAAAUUAACAAUUUACCAAGAGGUAUAUCUAAUUCGUAUCAACAAAAUAUUUUAGUUUUUUUGGUAAAAUAAUUCAAGGUUGCUCUGUAGCCUCUUAGUAUAACAAUUAAAAAACAAUCAACUCCUUAAUUAUUAGUUUAGAUAAUAUAAUUUGAAACAUUAUUUGUUAAUUCAGAUGAAUAUUAUAAGUACCAUACUUUUUCAAUGUAAAAAGGAUUACCAUUUUCAAUUUCUCAAAACAAAUAAUCUAACAGUUGUUUGAUAUUUGCAGAUGAUAGAUUUUUAAUAAAAUAAUAUAAAAAUCUGAUUUGGGGUUUGUAAGCCUUUUUGAUUAAAAUAAUAAAUAUUAAAGAUAAUAUAGUUUUUGUAAUUGACAAAGAAACAAUGUUUAUUAUAGAUAGCAAUAAAACAAUAAGUUAUCGAAUUAAACGUUCAGAGGAUUAUACAAACUCACAAAUUAUAUUUUGUAUCGAAUAUCAAAAUUUUAUCAUAAUAUCUAAUAACACCAUAAAAGCUUUUCACUACGAUAUAAUGAUAGAAUUGAUGUGGUCUCUAAGAAUAAAAAAUACGAUUAAUAAGAUACUAAAAAACAAUCAAAUUCUUAAUAUUGAAUUAUAAGGGUGCAUUGAAAUUUAGAUUCAAUUAGAUAUCUUAAUCUAUUAAGUAUUUAACAGUUCUCUAUAAUUUGGUUGUACAUAUCAAAUAUUGGAUCGAUAUGAAAUCAAUAUAACAAAAUACGAAAUUAAUAUUUUACCUUAUUUUUCGAAUAAACUUAAAUUCACUUUUGAGUAAAUUAUAGACUUUAUUUAUUUUGUAAAAGCAUAAAGAUUGGUCAUUUUUGAGGUAAUAGAAUAAAAGAUAAUACUAAAAUUGUAUAAUAUGAUAUUUAAAGAAUUGUACUUUUGUUUUAAUUUGCCUUUGUAUGAUUUCAUUAUUAUUUAUCCUCUGAAAUAUCAAAUUCAUAGGGAUUCAUUAGCCAUAGUAGCCAAAAAUAUACAUAAUUCAUAGGAAGUGCUUCUUGUAUAUGAUCUUAACAAUUAACUAUCAAAUAUUUUAAUAAAAGUUAUUAAGAUUUAUGCAAAUUAAUAUUAUUUUACUUUUUUAAGUACUAAUGAAAUUAUUUCUAUUUAUAAGUCAUCUCUAAUGAUUACUUAUUUAUAAAUAGUCUUUCUUAAAUUUACAGACCAAUAUUUAGGUUUUGAUACUGACUUGAAGCAUGAAUAAGUUUCAGUAGAAAUUAAAACUGAUAUAUACAAUUUUUCUUAAGACAUUUAAUUUAAUAUUCAAAUAACUCAUUUCAUUUAUAAAUUAAGCAUAAGAGAUAUUAAGAUUCCAUUUAUAUAAAAAUAUGAUAAAUAGAAAUAAAUAUGCAAACUAAAUUUUGAUAAUAUAUUUGGUUAAAUUGAUUCAGUAUAUUUUUUGGGAGAGAGUGAGUAUCAAAAAUUAGAUCCAAUAGAGUUAACUCCAUUUCUAUAAUGCAGAUUCUAUAUGAACUAAGUUUGUUAUCUUGAUAAAGAAGUAAUAUUAUACAAUUCUGGAAAUCAAAUUAAGGUAAAAUUACCAUAAGAAUGCUAAGAUUUAAUUAUUAUUAAAGAUUUGUCUAACUAAUCAGAAAUAUUUUGUGUUUCAGGAAUGUUGUUGAAAUAUUAUGAUAUAUAUUAGAAUUAAUUGAUCUUGAAAUAAAAACAGCCAUAGAUUAAUUUUGGGGAUAAUUCUAUCUAAAGUAUAAUUUUUGUAAAAAAUAUUGCCAUAAUUAAGUUCAUGAGACAACUUUAUUAUUAAAUUUUACUUUUUGAAGAGAAUAAUAUAAGUAGAUAUAUUUAUUAAAAUUAAUUAUUUAAUUUUUAAAUUGCUUAAGCUAUUUAUGAAAAUAAUCAUUAUGUAAUAUUUUGCUAUGAUAAUUAAAAUUAUAAUCAAAUUCAUAUUGCAUUAUUAAAUGAGAAUUACACUAAUAGUAAGUCUUUAGAUAUUAAAAUAUCCCAAAUGAUUCUAGAUUACACUUAUUUUAAUUUUUCAUUUGUUAAUUCAUUAUUAAUCCAUAAUCACACUUUAAUUGAUAUGAUUUUUUAAACUGAUAUAAUUCUAUGUUUUGAAAAAUAAAAUUGCUUUAGAAUAAAUUUAAAUAUAGAUUUUUAAGAAAGUCUAGUAAAAAGCCAUAUAAUGAAUUAUAUAAAGUAUCCUUUUCAAUAGUCGUAAUUAUAGUAUUGUUUAGCAAAUUAACAAAAUUUAAUUAUUGCCCUACUCUUCAAUGAAGAAACAGUACUAUAUUAUUAUAUUUUAUAUUCAACAAAGAUUCUUAAUAGUCUUUAUCAAUAUAAAGGUAAAAAUAUAACCAUAGAAUAUUUAAAUGAUACUCAUUUUGUAUAAAUAAAUAGUGAAAAUUCUAUUUAUUCGAUUAGUUUAUUAUAAUUCUCAGGAUAUUAAUUAAAAUCAAACAACUCAUUUAAAUCAAUUUUAUUAAAUAAUUCUGUAUCUACAUUAACAUUGGAUUUUUAUCCUGAUUUAGAUGAAAAUAAUGUUCUAAUAUUUUCAAAUAUUCUAAAUACUCUUAUUUGUUUAAUCAACUUUAUACUAAUUAUUCUAUUUUAAUAAACCUUUAAAAAUAGAAAAAUAAAAAAUAAAAAAUAUUCAAAUAAUUGA